GGACUUCUUUUGAGUCAUUUGGGAUCAGAUUUAACAUAUUUUUGGACCAUUUUUAACAUGUUCUGAGAAGGUCUGAGUAGCUUUGAACAGGGUUCAAGUCAUUGUGGACAAAUAUUUACUCCUAAUGGAUAAAGUUUGAGUCAGGUUGGAUGCUUUUUCAGUAAUUUAGACACAUUUCCAGUCACUGAACACAAGUUUCAAUUCAUUAUCGAAAAAUUUCUAGCCAUUUACAAUUAAAGUAGUUUUGGACAAAUUUCAACUUAUUUUUGAAGUUAUUUUAGACAGAUUUUGAGUCAUUUUGUACCAUUUUUGAAUAGAGUUUUUUGGGACUUGUUCAGGGUUAUUUGGGACUUCUUUUGGGUGAUUUAUGACAAGAUUUAACAAAUUUUGGACAUAUUUUGAGUCAUUUUGUACCAUUUUUUAACAUGCUUUGGUAAGUUUUGAGUAGUUUUGAACAGGUUUCGAGUCAUUUCAAGUUAUUUUGGACAGAUUUUCAGUCAUUAUUGGCAAUUUUUAAGUGAAAUUGAAUCAUUUGAAGAAUCUAAAAUAUAAAAUAUUGUUUGACUUGUUUUUGUUUCCUACAUAAUUCCACGUGUUCAUUUAUAGUUUUGAUGCCUUCAGUGAAAAUCUACAAUGGAAAUAGUCAUGAAAAUAAAGAAAACCAUUUAAUGAGAUGGUGUGUCCAAACGAAAGACUGGUAGUGUAUGUAUAUACACUACCAGUCUUUAGUUUCUAUCUAUCUAUCUAUCUAUCUAUCUAUCUAUCUAUCUAUCUAUCUAUCUAUCUAUCUAUCUAUCUAUCUAUCUAUCUAUCUAUGUUUACUGUGUAUCAUGUAUUUACCCACCAGUAAAGAACUAAACUGAAACUAAUUCAUUAACGUGCAGCUGAUGUUUCCAGAGUGUCCAUCAGUUUGUUCUGUUAAACCGUUCAAACUGAGUUUUAUUUGAAGCUUAAAUAAACCCAGCUGCAGUUUUUUAGCUUACAGCUGCAGAAUCCUGAUUCAGACCCGUUUGGACGGAGCAGGUUCAGAUUCUUGGCACCGCCGGUCGGCCUUUGUGUGUCCAGAGCAGCUCGAUGCGUCUGAACAAUGAGCGACUCUGAAUAUUUGAAGCGUAGUAACGGUAAAUACUGGCUAACCGAGCGGCCACGGUAUUGUCCCUGCAUGUAUAAAGAGUCACUUCCUGCGUCGCAUUUUAAGCUGCACACAUGGAGAAGGUGAGAAUUUAUCACAGCUGCUUUCUUUCAGGAGCCUCAGACAGAGGUUGAAUGACGGUUCUGUUGUUUCAGAUCGUGUUCUACGAGGACCGGGACUUCCAGGGAAAGUCCUACGACUGUAAAGGUGACUCGGCCGACCUGCAGAGCUUCAUCCGCCGCUGCAACUCGGUGAAGGUGGAGGGAGGCUGGUGGGUUCUGUACGAGCGCAACAACUACGGCGGGUACCAGUAUGUGAUUGGGCCGGGGGAGUACAGUGAGUACGGCCGCUGGAUGGGCUUCAACGACUGCGUCCGGUCCUGCAGGAUCAUCAAGAACGCCAAAGGUCCGUUCAAGCUGAGACUCUUCGACCGGCCCAACUUCGACGGACAGUUCCUGGAGGUGACAGACAGCAUGAAGUCGGUCCCUGAGAAGUGGUUCCGCUACGAGGUGCACUCCUGCAAGGUUCUGGAGGGAUCCUGGGUCUUCUACGAACAUCCCAACUUCUGCGGGCGUCAGUACCUUCUGGAGGAGGGCGAGUACCGGACGCCCUCCGACUGGGGAGCGCUGAGGGCCAACGUGGGCUCCAUCAGGAGAAUCAUGCAGCUGUGAAACUGUAAUAAAUAUCUGAACAUCUACA